AUAAUCCUCUACACGUGUAGCUGUCUUAAUCACAUGUUACGAGUAAGGUCAGAAGUUUAAAUACACGUUAAGCAAACACUCUUAAACCCAGUUUUUCCACAUUUUCUAUAAUUUAAUCCCAGUGAAUAUUCCUUGUCUAAAGUUAGUUAGGAUUACCAUUUCACAGAUGUCCUAUUACUUUGUGUAAUGUCACCAAUGUUCGUUUACAGAUUUUUUUUGUUUUAAUUUACUAUGUCAUGGUUGUAUAUCAGCCACAUGUUUAAAUACACCAAGCCGACUGCCUUUAACCCUCCUGUUGUCUUCAUUUACAGGCACCAAAAAAUAUUGUUCCUUUUUCUGAAAAAAAUUUAAAAAUUCAGCCAAAAAAUUCCCCAAAUUUCUGAAAAUUUGCAAAACCUUCAGGAAGAAAAUUCCAAUAGUUCCUUAAAAGUUUCCCUUAAAAGUUUUAUUUAAAAAAAAAUCCCCCAAAUUUGGCAAGAAAUUUCUUGUAAAUAUUUUCAAAAUAUGAGUAAAAAUCUUUUCAAAAAAAAUCCUAAAAAUAUCUAAAGUGAUUACAUAUAUAUCAGUAAAACUUCUAAUAUUUUCUUUAAGAACAUUCACAUAAAUAUUAACCAAAAUCCAGUGAAAUUCGUUGGAUUUUGGUUGAUUUUUUUCUGAAAGUUCUUAAAUAUUUUUAACGUCUUUUUUCCACCAAAAAAAGUUCAAAGAAAAUGUGGACAUCAGAAGUGUCACUGAAAAUAAUUUUUUUCCCCCACAUUUUCAAACUUUAAACCGGGUCAAUUUUGACCCGCAGGACGAUAUGAGGGUUAAAGGGGGAAAAGAAACUCUGCCAUAGACUGUAUGAUACAGUCUAUGGUCGAGCCGAUAGUGUGACGUGUACACAGUGCAGGCCACUGAUUGGACAGGGAGUGACGACACACGAGAGCGACUCCUUCACGAAAACCAAACCCGCCAUUUUUAAAAAACACCAGUCACAGAGACGGUUCACUUUGCUCUCAAAGACUGUUGUUUGCUCUUCACGGAACAACUUAAGAAUAUGGCAGCCAGACGUGUACUGUGGCCGAAAGAAGAGGUCGAGGCUUCAUUGUCUUCGGUGGCGGACCAAAGAAGACGGAGGGAACUGGACGGUGCUGCUCGCAACGACAGAGUUUCUCAGUGGUUGAGCCAAAUGGACGCCAAGUGGAGGGAGAGCGGCCUGGACUCCGCCGCUGGAUUAUUGAAGACCAAGCUGGAGGACGAAUCCCUUUCCACAUGCGAGCCCGACUCCACCUCCAUCAUGGAGCCCCCAAGCUCCCCUGCUUCCACUUCAGAUUCAGAAAAUUUUGCUCGGACACCAUCAACCUCCAGCACGUCUCAGCAACGUCCAAUCUCUGGCAAGAGGAAAAGGGGCCACAGAAAGUUGGACCUUGCAAGCAUUCUUGGGGAGAUGCAGGCUGCAGAGGAGCGGCGCCGUGCCCAGCAUGACGAGCACUUCCAGUUGCUCCUCAGCAGCGCACGCGAGGCACGGGAGCAGGAAGUGGCAUUGCAGGAGCAGGAAGUGGCAUUGCGGAGGGAGGAGAUGGCCCAGAAUGCUGCCUUCCACCAGGCAGUGCUGAAUUUGAUGGAGAAGCUGUUGGAGGCUAUGAGCAGCUGGCGAGAGUGAGCGACUCCACCUCCCAGAGACUUGAGAUUUAGUUGUAUAUAGUUUUAUUUUUAGCCCUCCACUGUAGGAGAGGCCCACCACAGUUUGUACUUUGCACAUUGGAAAUAGUUUUGAUUUUGCUACUGACUAAUAAACUGUUUUGCAACUUA